AUGCACGGCAGCCCGCUCCUCCGGCCCAAACUCCCUAUAAGUAGAGAGCCUCUCUUCCUGGUAACAACAAACACGGUCGCCUGGAUCAGAAGCCCUAGCUUGUUCCACCUAAAGAGAACCAAAGGCUUUGCUCCAUCCACCCACCUACCCCCACAGAAGCAAAUGGAGUUCAAGCCGAAGGCGACCGUGUGCGCGGUGAUGCUGGUGCUGCUCCUGCUUUCCUCAUACGACAGCGGCGGCGUCGGCGUGGCGGAGGCGCGCAUUUGCACGGGGAAGAGCCAGCACCACUCGUUCCCGUGCAUCUCGGACAAGAGCUGCACCAAGACGUGCCUCAGCGAGCACGGCGCAAAAUGGACGGCCGGCUACUGCAAAUUCAGGCGCUGCACCUGCCAGAGGGAGUGCUAG